UGCAAAGCCGAAACGGGAGGCGGCUGCCGUGAAUGAGCGUGCGAGUGACUGAAUUAUGGGACUCCUGAGCGAAGGAUCGCCGCUUUCGUGGCCGGAAACGAAGAAAUUAGCGAAUCACGUCCGCGAGCAUGCUGUCACGCAGUUCAUCAACCAGUAUCGGCGCCUGAAAGACCGGGAGAACGACUGCCUCAAGUGGGGCGACGAAGUGGAGUACAUAAUCGUGUACUUCGACCACGCCAAAAAGACCGCUCAGGUGAGCCUCAGGGCGAAUGAAAUUCUGCCUGCCCUCCAGGAGAAAGAACGGCGCGAUCCGAACAACGUUAAAUCGCUUUGGCGUCCCGAGUUCGGCGCGUACAUGAUCGAAGGCACGCCGGGGCAACCGUACGGCAGCCUCAUUUCACACUUUAACGUGGUCGAGGCGAACAUGAAGGCCCGGCGGGACGAAGCGAGCGCGUACAUGAAGCAAGGCGAGCAAGUUCUGUGUGUGACGACAUUCCCGCGCCUGGGUUGCCCCGGUUUCACGUAUCCCGUGUACCAGCCACAUCCGAAAGACAGCAACAUGGGCUCCCUCUUCUUUCCCGACGAGGCCACAUUUCCGGGCCAUCCGCGUUUCAGAACCCUGGUGCGCAACAUCCGCGAACGUCGUGGCAAGAAGGUUGUGAUCAACGUGCCCAUAUUCAAGGACAAAAAUACUCCUAGCCCCUUCGUCGAGGACUACGCCAAGCUCGGUGACGACGGGGAGGCUGCCAGAGCGGCGUUGCCAGACCAUGUCUACAUGGAUUCAAUGGGCUUCGGCAUGGGUAAUUGCUGCCUCCAGGUUACAUUCCAGGCUUGCAACAUCAGCGAAGCGCGCGUCCUGUACGACCAGUUGGCACCGGUUUGCCCUAUCAUGCUCGCCUUGAGCGCCGCCUCACCGGUGUUCCGGGGUUAUCUCACCGAGAGGGACUGCCGUUGGAACGUCAUUGUCAGCUCGGUCGAUGAUAGAACGGACGAAGAGCUGGGACUGAAGCCGCUAAGCGAGAACAAGUUUGUCAUUCGCAAAUCCCGUUACUCCACCAUAGAAUGCUACAUAUCGGAACUCGGGGAAAAGUACAAUGAUGUGAAAGUCGUCUACGACCAAGACAUCUACAACAAGCUGAGAUCCGCCGACAUAGACCCACUUCUCGCGCAGCACGUGGCGCACCUUUUCAUCAGAGACCCCAUCAGUCUUUUCAGCGAGAAGGUGGACCAGAACGAUGAAGAGGAUACCGACCAUUUUGAAAAUCUUCAGUCCACAAACUGGCACUCGAUGCGCUUCAAGCCUCCGCCGCCGAACAGCAGCAUUGGCUGGCGCGUCGAGUUCAGACCGUCCGAGCUGCAGAUGACCGAGUUUGAGAAUGCUGCCUACGUUGUCUUUGUCGUGUUGCUGACCCGUGUGAUACUCUCGUACAAGCUAAGCUUCCUUAUUCCAAUCUCAAAAGUUGACCAAAACAUGGAGGCUGCUCAGAAGCGUGAUGCUGUGCGAACUCAGAAGUUCUGGUUUCGCAAAGACAUUCUGACUUGCCAGAGCCCCCCUAGCUUGGCCCCGACUUUGAGCCCGGGAGGAACUGAGCAUCAUGAUUUUCUCACUCAAAUGAGCAUCAAUGAGAUCAUUAACGGAAAGCCAGGUGAAUUUCCUGGUCUUAUUCCACUCAUCCGUAUGUUUAUUUCAAGCAUGGAUGUAGAUGUUGACACUCAAUGUACCAUUCAGCAGUACCUCAACCUCAUUCAAAAAAGAGCAUCAGGAGAACUGCUGACAACUGCGUCGUGGAUGCGCAAGUUCAUCACUACUCACCCGGAAUACAAGCAGGACUCUGUCGUCAGUGAGCGUAUCAACUAUGACCUGCUGCUGCUAAUGUCAAAGAUCCAAGAUGGGUCUGUUGGCUGUCCUGAACUGUUUGGAACAUCCACGAGCAAAACAAAGGCUCACAUUCCAUCUGCCAUCCUCAAAGCAACUGGCCCACCUUCGGCACCAGGCAGACCUGCGACGCAGCAGUGAGAUCAGUUUGAUCGUUUUGCCCACAGUGUGCUGAGUGACUGUGUGCAGGGCUUUUUCACAAAGCCAGAUGCUUGUUGGCAGUUAUUAUUGGUCUAUGGGAGAUAAUUUAUUUUUAUAUCUUUCAAGUCAGUGUAAAGUGACCCUUAUUUCCACGCAUACGUAGUUAAAAAUGUGACCGAUGGUGUAAACAAGAUGGCCCUGCUAGUAGUUUCACAACAUGCCAAGUUGCCUUUGAAAUCACUACAUUAUGUUAGAAGGCUAUUAAAGUAGCCAAGAGCUGAGCUAGUCGGGGGGUUUAUAAGGGGUUUAGUACCCGUGUAUUAUCAAAAUUAGCUAAUAGUUUGCUCAACACGUGCAUAUGUGGAUCCUUACAGUGCAGUAGACGUGAAUGUGGGUGCUCUAUAUCUAGUCUAUUUCAAAUCACGUCCUCCUUGCCUGGUUACUGUUGCUUGAGUUUUGCAUGCAAAACUUAGAAGCACAGGGAAUUUUAUUGACUGUAUGCUUUAAUGUGGUGCGAGAAAAGCUUGGUCUACCACAAACAUGAUCACGCGUAUACAUUAUUAGCCUAUUUCAUUUCCAUUUUCGAGCCUGGUGUCCUCUGGAAGCCGACCUUGCUGAUGCGAUCUUUGCAAGUGAGCCACACUAAUGUAUGUGUAUAAUUAUGGCUAUAGGUGUGCGUUCUUGUCUUACUCAGGAUAAGUGCCCAAAUUUAUGAUUUGUUCCACAGGUGGUGUGCUGCGCUUGAUUAUGUAAUCUUUGGGCAUGCGGAAGUCUAUUUUACCCGACAUUCCGUUAGAUAUAUGUGAUAGAUGUUUUACAGGAGGUUUAUUGUUUGUUAGACUAAGCACAUUAGCUCGUAAGAACAAAUGUUUCCUGUUAGUAUAAUGUGCUUGUGAUGUAAUUUGAAACGACCGUUAUUGGCGAUAUUGUCUUUUUACGAGAUCACUUCUUGUUAAUAAACAGUUGGAACAAAA